AUGCUUCCAUCUGCAAUGGUUAAUGUUAAAGCUGAACUUUACUUUGAGACGAACCAUUCCAAUGCCAUAAAACCUGGUUUCUAUAUUCACGAGUACUUACAAAGACCCUUUUAUGUCGAUGCCAUCCACACAGUUUAUGGAAAUAACUUUGAACAUUAUCUUUGUCCGACUUUAACUCAAAAUGUGAAAUCACUUACUUUAUCGGGUACAGAUCCAAUUGAUUUCACAAGCAUUUCUCAAGUAUUCUUUCCCCAUUUGUCUUUCCUUCAAAUUGAACAACAAUUGGAUGCUGAAAAGUUUCGGUCUCUCCCAAGAAAUUUGAAAGCAUUUGUGGGGAAUAUGAAAAAUACAAAUGCAUCACAAAUGAAAUUAGAAUUUCCUGAAACUUUAAACAAAUUACAUUUAAAAGUAGACAGUAUGCAUGGAGAUGUGAUGUGUCAAUUUGAUAUUUCCCAUUUAACUAAGUUACAUGAUGCUAGAAUUGAACCACUGACAGUCGUGAUUGGCUUUAGGGGUGAACAUACGCCAUUACUAGGAUCGUGGAAUCUUCCCAAUAACUUGCAAAAGUUAUGGAUUUAUUACAAUCGAAUGAUAAUUGGAAAAUUAGAAACAAUUGGUUCUAGUAUAACCGAAUUGGAAAUACAUUGUCACUAUGAAGGCGAUGACAAUGAUUUCAUACAAGACUUGAGUAUUCCGGAAAGUGUAAAAGUGUUAGCUAUUCCUUCUAGUUUUCUUAGCUACACAGGAAGAUCUAUAACUUUAAAGUUUUUGAAAGAUCAUCCCCAACUUCGAUAUAGAGUGAAAUUUCCUGAUGGAUUGAUGAAAUUGAAAUUAACCGGGAACUCUGACAUUCGAAGAACGUUGGUUCUUGAUUUUUAUGUCCACAAAUUUCCAAAUCUCGAGGAGCUCAUAUUAUGGUUACCAGGACACGUGAAUGCUAUUGGAAAGUUCCCCAAAAGAAUCAAAAAAAUACAUGCAUAA